AUGUUGUUGACCGACACAUGGACCGUCAAGUAUACCUUCGUCGACGAGCAAGGAUUCUACGACGAAUUGCAAUCCAAAUACGGCAUCCAGCGGGACUGGGUCGAGGUUUCUGACGUCGUCAAUGAAGACAAACUCUGCACCCCAAACCCCCGGAGCGGCGGUAUAGUCUGCCACAAUAUCAAACAGACAAACCAAAAUAUCCCCCACGCCAAGGCCGACUUCACCAUUCCCAACCCCAAAGACUCAAUUGCCAAUGCGUUGCCCCGGUUCCAAGCUCUCCAGCGCGACGUUGUCUCGACAUGGGCCGACCUUUCCUUCUUCCUGUGGGACGGGGAUGACGCAGACGCAGUAGAGGCUUUUUCCACUCCCGUCUUCAUGCUCCUCCAAGCCGUCGAAAGCAUGGCGACGGUGAAGGACAUUGGCGAAAAGGAGAAAGAAAAAGAGGAAGAAGAGAAAAGGAACCUCAUCAUCACCAUCAUCUCUGCUGUCCUCCUCAUUCUCCCCUUUGCGGGCGAGAUUGUCGGCAGCGUCGCUGGGGUCGCCUGGAUCACCGAUGCGGCCCUGUUGGCGGAUGUGACUACCAGUUUGGCUCUGGCAGGCUACGACAUCCUGACCGACCCAAAGUCAGCGCCGAUGGAUCUAUUGAAUAUCCUGUUUGCAGGGACAGGGCGCACGGCGGGGAAUCUCGCCAAGGUGGCGAGUGUUCGGCGCGGGAUCAAGGCUGACGAUCUGGCCAAGUUUGGGAAAGUGUUUAAAGAGAAUGACGAUCUGCUUCAGGGGUUGAUUAGGCUCUGUAAGACAUAG